AUGAUCCCUCUCGCGCCAGUGGGCAUCACAGCCCUUAUAUUCGGCGGCUGUUGCUCUAACGUUUAUGCGCUUGAGGCUAUUGUCAACGGUCUCCUCAUCACGCUUGGCCAGUUCAUUCUCGUAUGCCUUGCAGCGUUUCCAUCGCAGUUCGAUCCCAGCCGGCCCUUCUUCCUGAAGAAAAGCCCUGUGCCAUUCCGGAAAUGGUUCAUGAGCGCGUCUAUGUUCUUUGCUGUUAAUAUGUUGAACAACUGGGCAUUCGCCUUCCGCAUCUCCGUCCCAGUGCACAUUAUCCUCCGCAGCUUCGGCAGCGUCACGACUAUGGGUGCAGGAUGGCUUCGUGGCAAGCGCUAUUCUCCUCUACAGGUCUUCUCGGUGGCGAUGCUCACUGUUGGCGUGAUCAUCUCAGCUUGGGCCGAUGCCACCAGCAAGGGGAAAUCAAUGAGCACGGCCGGAAUCAACUUCACGGACGCAUCUUUCGAGGCUGGUCUUGUCAUUCUUCUCGUCGCUCAGUUGCUGUCGGCAUACAUGGGUGUCUACGUGCAGGAAAUCUAUGAGCAGCAUGGGAAGCAUUGGGAUGAGAACCUUUUCUACUCCCACCUGAUCAGCAUCCCCAUGUUCGUUCCACUUCAGAGCAUCUUGAUGUCGCAAUACACACGCCUUGCCUCAUCGCCUCCGCUCUACCUUCCGUCGUCGGUCUCGUCCUCGCUGCCGCUCCCAGCGCAGAAGAUUCUGGCCACGGUUCCCGAAUCAGUCUUCAUGCUCCUGCUCAACUCGACGACGCAGCUUCUCUGCAUUACCGGCGUCAACCUGCUCAGUGCCAAAUCCUCGGCAGUCACGGUCACCAUAGUGCUCAACAUCCGCAAGCUGGUCAGUUUCCUGAUCAGCAUUUGGCUGUUUGGCAAUAAGAUGAGCAGCCAGAUGAUGUUCGGAGCUUUUGUUGUCUUCGGAGCGGGGGGGUUGUAUGGCUGGGAGACUACUGUUGGUAUCAAGAGGAGGAAGGAGGCUGAAAGGCUGAAAGAGCUGAAGGGCAAAUGA